CUCUCGCUUCCCGCGGAUCGUUUCUGGUUACACACAUCAGCACAGCAUCAGUCUCUUCCAGAAGUUUCCUCGCACGGUUCGCAGCUUGCUCAAUAUAAUAAGCUCCGUUUUAGCCAGAAACCCCCAUUGUUUCAUAUCGCAUAGUAUAAAUAAUAUCCACGUCGCUGCUCUGCCACCUCGGUGUAAAUUAGAUAGUUGUGUGCGGACUGUGACAAGUUAGGAGCACCAGCCUUGUUAGUUAGCUCGGCAGCUAAUGUUAGCCGGACUGACAGCUGCAGCGGGGCUGGUUGCAUGUUAACACCACCGCGGGGGCUUGCUUGUUUUUUGGACCGAAGUUGCCACGUCCACGAUGAUUUUAUGAAGUGGAAGACUUGACCGGAUAUUGUAAUGGGUAAAGAUUACUACAAAGUGUUGGGAAUAGCCAAAGGUGCCUCUGAAGAUGAGAUAAAGAAGGCGUACCGAAAACAGGCCUUGCGUUAUCACCCCGACAAAAACAAGUCAGCUGGAGCCGAAGAUAAAUUCAAAGAGAUUGCCGAGGCCUACGAUGUGCUCAGUGACGCCAAAAAAAGGGACAUAUAUGACCGAUUUGGAGAAGAAGGACUAAAGGGUUCCACUGGCGGCGGAGGCGGAGGACCCAAUGGUCCAAGCUACAACUACACCUUCCAUGGAGACCCUCAUGCAAUGUUUGCAGAGUUCUUUGGUGGCCGAAGCCCAUUUGAUCAGUUCUUCUCACGAAAUGGGGAUGACAAUAUGGACAUCGAUGACCCCUUUGCAGCGUUUGGCAUGGGUGGGAUGGGAGGAAUGGGCGGCAUGGGAGGAUUUCAGAGGUCGUUCAAAGCCCAUCCUGGGGUCCCCCAUAGAGUAAGGGAGAAAAAGAAGGACCCACCCGUAGUGCAUGAGCUGAAGGUGAGCCUGGAGGAGGUCUUCUCCGGCUGCACCAAGAAAAUGAAGAUUUCCCGGAAGAGGUUGAACCCGGAUGGCUGCACUGUGCGCAGUGAGGAUAAGAUUUUGACAGUAGACAUCAAGCGUGGCUGGAAGGAGGGGACCAAAAUCACCUUCCCAAGAGAGGGAGAUGAAACUCCCACCAACAUUCCUGCAGACGUGGUGUUUGUGGUCAAAGACAAACCCCAUCCAGUGUUCCGAAGAGAAGGCUCAGAUAUAAUUUACCCUGCAAAAAUAUCUCUUCGAGAAGCAUUGUGCGGAUGCACGGUCAGUGCCCCCACAUUGGACGGCAGGACUAUCACUGUGACCUCCAGAGACGUAGUCAAGCCUGGAAUGAAAAAACGAAUAGUGGGAGAAGGGCUACCCUUAUCCAAGUGUCCCGAGAAGAGAGGUGAUAUGGUCUUGGACUUUACAGUCAAAUUCCCUGAAAAGUUGGGUCAAAGUACUCGUGAUGCUUUGAGUCAGAUCCUUCCACCAUGAUCUAAAUUACUUGGGUUUCCUAAAACAUCUAAUGAAUCCGAGAUAGCCAGUCCACAUUCCCAGUGGCGCUCUUUUGUGUAGCAUCAGUUAAUGGACUUGCCCUAGGCUCAGGACAGAUUUGUGUUACUUUCAGUUGAGUUAAAUGUCACUAUUUUAAGCAUCAAAUCUAUAUUUUCACUCAAUAUCACAUUAGAGGAGUUUCAUAAGACUGGGAGAGUGACAAAACACUGACCAUUACAUUUUGCUGUGCAUUCAACUUGGUUCUGUCUCAGUACUUAGUCAAAGCCCGGCGCUGUGUCAGUUGCAGAGAGCGCCACCAAGGCUUUUUGGAGCCAUGGCUGGGGUGUAAUGUGAUUUGUAGUGGUUUGGCUUCAAGCAGCUAUUGUUUUAAUUAAUGACAGUGGUGCCAGUCCUCAAGUUUUUAUCAAGACUUACCAAAGUGUGUCACCUGAACAUUAACUUAAGGAACUGAGGAUUUGAGCCUCAGACUGUUUUGUAAGUGCUUCCUAGGCAGUGGUUUCAGCCCAGAGAGCUUUUAAACAAUACCUCAGGUGCAGUGACACAUGCCGGAAUGUAACUAUACCUAUUAUUACUAAACAGGAUUUGUUUUUGGUAAUCAAUAUUACUAUGCACUUAGAUACAUGUGAGGUUCACAUACUGGGCAGAAACCUAAGAAAUACUGUGCUGAAAUGUCUGAGUUUUCACAUUAACAGUGGAAUUUUAAAGAUGGCACAUCUUGCAAAAUGCAUUAAUGCUUUUCAUCUUUCACAAUGUCUUGUUUUAGAGUUCACAGCAGACAACCUGAGUGCUGAUGUCAGUUUUUUUUUUUUUUUUUUUUUUUUUUCUCGGGGAGACUGUGCCAAAUAACCUUGUUCCUUUGUAACUACAAUAUGAGUGUGUCUUGUAUGUGAGUGCAUGUGUCUAGCCUGAUGUGUGCGACUAAGGAAAUAGCAACAUAUAUGUCAUUACCCCUACUUUUACUUACGGAUACACACCCUUAUUAUGAUAUUUUGAUAUCGGCUCACUAAAAACUGCAUUUGGGAUUACUCUGUCUGCUUUGACCUUUUUGUUAUUUCAUCAAAAGCCUGUGUAUUUUUUUUUUUUUUUUUAAGCCAGACCGUACUUCACUGGUGUAUCAGUGCAGUACUAGGCUAAAUAUUAUCAAGUCCUUUUCAAGCUGUGAAAUUAACAGUUUCUUCCCCCCGACUUGUGUUUUUAAAGCUCUGAAAAUUCUUUUAUAUUUUAUUUGGCUCCUCUGGUCUUUUCCUUAAGAUACUUAUUAGGAUAUGGGUAAUGUAAUGGCCUUUUCCCAGUCAGUGUGUCUUCCACAGCAGUAAAAAAGCUGCUCACUAAAUCAUUUUGUUUAUUUUAUUAGUAUUAUUAUUAUUUUUGCUGUCAAGCACCGAUAAACUAUCUGUGAAUUACUUUUGAACCAUUUUUCAAGUAGUUUAUUUAAAUAGACAUUUUGUCCUCAUGACUGUUGCAGAGGUAAAAGAGAAGCAUCUGGACAGUCAGUACUUGGUCUCAUCAUUCCACUCCUACUGGAGUUUAAGUUUAUAAUUGACACAAACAUGUGGCUUAACAUGAAUGUAGAGAUGUGUAAUCUCUGUAAUGUUUUACUUUUUUGUUUUAAAAAAGGAUAUUUGCUUUUUUUGGCAAAGGUUUUCCUUCUCAUGGAAAAAAAGUGUAAGCAUUAUUCUGUUCUACCUACUGUUUAUGUUGUUAUGAAAUUAUUCUUCAGCACUGGGAUUAGGCACUGAUCAAUAAUAUACUCUGGAUGUUUAUUAUAGGUCAGUGUAUACAGGGUGUUUUAAACAUCACAGCUUUCAUGGAUCAGUUAUGAGGUGGAAAUGUUUUUGAAAACAUUUUUCCUGUGUUGUGACAAUAUGCAUUUCCACACUUUAUUCAAGACUGACAGACAAGACUGGCAAAUAAAUAUCUAAUAAACUA